AUGGUGGCAUUCACAGAAGCUACAUUUCCCAGCGGAGUUUCUGCUGGGGUCUAGGCUGAAGCCGUAACCAUGGUGAUGACAGACGCUGCUGCGGGGUAGCUGGGGAGCGUGCACAGGAGACAGCGGAAUGUGUUGCACAGCUCAACAUGAGGCGGCUCCUCUCUGUGGGAAUGGAUGGCCCCAACGUAAACUUCAAGCUCCUCGAUCUCCUUCAAAAGGAGCAUAACGAGCUGUAUGGAGGUGCUCCAGUCCUGAUAGUUGGGAGCUGUGGACUUCACACUCUCCACAAUGCCAUGAAGGCAGGCUUUACAGCCUGGCAAAUUGACAAGCUCCUGCGUGCGCUCCAUUUCCUCUUUCACAACGUUCCUGCCCGCAGAGAGGACUACACCAUCACCACUGGGUCGUCCUGCUUUCCCCUCUCUUUCUGUGGCCACAGAUGGGUAGAGAAUGUGCCAGUUGCCGAGAGAGUCCUGGAAAUUUGGCCUAUGAUUCAGAAAUACAUCAAUGCUGCAGAGAAUAAGAAGGUUCAAAAACCAAACAUGGCCUCUUAUGACGCCAUCCUGGCAGCACAGGGGGAUCCACUCUUAAUCCCAAAGCUCCAAUUCUUCCUCUCCAUUGCAAGAAGUUUCAACCCCUUUCUCCAAAAAUACCUGACAGAUGAGCCUGUGUUGCCAUUUUUGGCAAAAGAUUUAACUCAGCUUCUCUUGAGAUUACUGAGGCGCUUCAUCAGAAGGGAGCUCAUUCAAGACCUAACCCCCAUGCAGCUCAUUAAAUCGGACAUUUCUGAUGAGAAGAACUGGAUCUCCCUCAAAAGGGUAGACAUAGGCUUGGGGGCUGAAUCUUCCAUCAAGUGCUUGGCUUGUGUCCAGUGUUGAAGUUAUUUGUUUCAACUCCCUCCCAGUGUUGAAAUUAAG